CUGACAGACAGAUACUACUCAUUUUCCUCCUGCAGCUUCCAUGCACGGCGGCACCAGCGGUACAAGUGUGUUUCAAACAACCAGAGGUGGAAGUGCAGGCGACAGAGAAAGGGAGUUGCCUACGAGCAGAGGUCAGGCAGGCAAAGGGGGAAGCCGGUGGAUGUUUUUAAGAGUUUGCUUAUCUGACACUGACAACAGGAUGAGAAGCUGAGUGAGGGAGCAUAAAGGGGAGAACACACAGCAGGGCAAAAACAUGGAGAGAGCAGCAUUACCUGCACUGCAUUUAUAUAGGAGACAUAGGAGAAACAGGCACUGGCUGUCCUGAAAGAGGUAAAACAGAAAGCGAGGACCUUUACAGAGAAAAAAUAGUCCACUUUGUCCAUUCUGUCCAAAGGAGCGGGAGCGAGAGCCGAGGGAUCGUAACACUGGAGCUCAAGGAUAAACCAUGGACUCUGCAUACAUCCCACCACACCUGGACGUCCACCAUGUUCCCUGCUAACCUACUGCUCCUCAUGGUCCUGCUGCUACCUCAAGCCUCGUCUGGUCGCCAGGGUGGAGACACCAGCGAGAUCGACCAUGACAGGGUAUCCCCCACACCUUCCACUUUGUUGCCCCGACCAGCCGGAUCCCCUCUGGAGCCCAACCUGGCUCAGACCAUCCAGAGUCUCCUCCUAAACCGGCUGGGCCUGCAGUCGCAGCCCGACCCUCGGCAUGGAGUGCCAGUCCCCCGCUACCUUCUGGAUCUUUACCGCUUCCACCAGCAGCAGUUCCAUCUACUGGAGGACCCUUCCUUUAGCUUCCCCAGCCACCACAUCCAGGAGGCCAACACAGUACGCAGCUUUCAUCAUACUGACCCCCUUGGAAACAGUCUUCCAGCAGAUGAUCGUAAGAGAGUGCACAUCUCGUUCAAUAUCUCCUCCAUCCCACAGGAUGAGAAGGUGCUCUCUGCUGAGCUUCGGCUCCUCCGCAGUGACAGAGCCUCGCUGGGCCCUGGGCCCCACAGACUAAACCUGUACCUCUCUGAGCACCAUGAGGACCCUGAACCUGCUCUGCUAGAGACAAGGUUACUCAACACAGGCCUCCACAGUCAUAAAGCAAGUGGCUUUUGGGAAGCUUUUAGCCUAAGUUCAGAGCUCCUCCAUAAGGCCCUUACUGGGAGUGGCAGCCUGGGCUUCCUCUUGGAGGUCAGACCAGAGAACAGCACCACCUCUCUCCAUGACCAGAGCUUCCUCCCUGCUGCAGACAAGGAGGUGGAGAAACACAAAGACGGACACCUGAGAGUGUGCAGGUCUGUGGGGCAGGACGAGCACAGCUGGGCCCAGGAGAGACCUCUCUUGGUGACUUAUAGUCAUGACGGGCGUGGAGAGCCUUUAGUCAAACAUGGCAGGAGGAACCAAAGUGGUGGCCAGAGGAUGAGAGGAAGAAAAGGGACCAAAGAUAGGACCAGGAGCAGCAGUAAGGGCCGCAAUAGAGACCAAGUCUGGGGGAGAGCCAAAAAGACGGGGUAUGCAGUACCAGGCUGGGGAGGCGAUAAAAGAGGGGUCGGCUGGAGUGAAAGUGGAAGGGUUAAAAGAAAUGGUGGUCGUGCUGCAAAACUGAAACGCCUUUCCCGUAACAGAUGCCGCCGUCAUCCUCUAUACGUAGAUUUCAACGAUGUGGGCUGGCACAAGUGGAUCAUUGCACCCAGUGGCUACGAUGCCUACUUCUGCCUGGGAGAGUGUCGCUUUCCUCUGGCCGACCACAUGAACUCCUCCAGCCAUGCCAUGGUGCAAACUCUGGUAAACUCUGUGAAUGGAGCAGUGCCGCGGGCCUGCUGUGUCCCCACAUCCCUCAGCCCCAUCGCCCUGCUCUACCUGGACCCUCAAGACCGAGUGGUACUGAAGAAUUACCAGGACAUGGCGGUGGAGGGCUGUGGUUGCCGGUAGUGGGGUCGAGGACUCGGGCCCAGAGAAAGUCAGACACAGACAAGGAAGCAUCAAGGAAACAGGAGAAAGACAGUCGCACGAAAGGUGGAUAGCGGAAAGAAGCCAGCAAAACUGCAAACAGACUGAUAGAGACAAAUGUAGCAGAAUAAGACAAAUGAGUGGAGGAGGUAGAUAAGGGAGUGAAUAUAACAGCUAAAUCAUCAAUAUCAGAGUGCAAGAAACACAGCAGACAUAAUCAGCAGCCUUCAAGUUCCACUUGUUCUCAAAUGAGAAACCAGCGCUUUUACAUCAGAAGGUGUCUGUAUGUCUCUGUGUGUGAUUCUGUAUCCAAAUGUUUGCCACUCAUCUCAGUCUCAUACAUUUGUCUGACAGGCGUGCAUGUGUUUAGCUGUUGUGGAGGGCAGCAGGAAUGGACAAGGUUCAGAGUCAUGAUGUUUAAACUCUGCAGCACCUCUCCAAGGAACUCACUGACGA